UCCGAGCGGACUGAUUCAUGCUACCGAACGUCCGGCAGCAUUAAUCAAUCACCGCAAGCUUCGAGCGGCCGCUGCUCCAAAACCUUUUUUAUGCACAUCUUGAGUUCAAAGCACACACACGGGGACAAACUGAAGAAGCGGACGCCACAGCAAGGUGUCAGAGAUGCUACAGCUUCCCCUGGUGGUGACAGCCCAGGUCGACCUGCUUCUGGUGCUGGUCUCCUUGCUGGCCUUCUGGACCAGACUGAGCCAUCUCAGCUACCCCAAUGCUGUGGUGUUCGAUGAGGUGUAUUAUGGUCAGUUUGUGUCUCUCUACAUGAAGAGGGUUUUCUUCAUUGAUGACAGCGGACCACCUCUCGGUCACAUGAUCCUAGCCUUUGGAGCGUACCUGGGAGGAUUUGAUGGGAACUUUGCGUGGAACAGGAUUGGAGCAGAGUAUCCUAGCACUGUGAAUGUGUGGAGUCUGAGACUUCUGCCGGCCCUUUGUGGAGCUCUCUGUGUUCCUCUGAUUUACUUGCUGACUCUGGAGUUGAAGUUCUCUCACCUGUCUGCUCUGGGAGCUGCAGUGCUGCUCCUGCUGGAGAACUCUCUGAUCGUCCAGUCACGUUUCAUGUUACUUGAGUCUGUCCUCAUCUUCUUCGUGCUCCUGGCUUACUUUUCAUACCUGCGCUUCCACAAUGCCCCCAGCAGCUCCUGGUCCAGAUACAGUUGGCUGAUCCUUUCUGGUGUCUCCUGUGGUGCGGCUGUCGGGGUGAAGUACAUGGGCGUGUUCUCGUAUCUGCUACUGCUGGGCGUGGCCUCUGUGCACACGUGGAACCUUAUUGGAGACCGAACUGUCAGUCAUAUGAGUGUGUGUGUGCAGUGCAUAUAUAGAGUUGUGUGUCUGUUGGUGGUUCCAGUCUUGCUCUAUGUGUUCUGGUUCUACGUUCACCUGAGUAUCCUGAACCGCAGCGGACCACAUGACCAGCUGAUGAGUUCUGCUUUCCAGGCCAGCCUGCAGGGCGGUCUCUCCAGGAUCACUCAGGGUCAGCCUCUAGAAGUCGCUUACGGGAGUCAGGUGACUUUGAGAAGUGCUGUCUCCCAGCCAAUCCCCUGCUGGCUCCACUCUCACAAAGUCAACUAUCCAAUCAGGUAUGAAAAUGGGCGGGGCAGCUCUCACCAGCAGCAGAUCACCUGUUAUCCCUUCAAAGAUGUCAACAACUGGUGGAUCAUCAAAGACCCGGGCAGACAACAGCUGGUGGUCGACACUCCUCCUCGACCUGUCCGUCAUGGUGAUGUCAUCCAGCUGGUUCAUGGGAUGACGUCACGUUUUCUAAACAGUCAUGAUGUAGCAGCUCCCAUGAGUCCUCAUGCUCAGGAAGUCUCUGGAUACAUCGACUUCAACGUCUCCAUGCUGGCACAAAACCUGUGGAGGGUGGAUAUCUCAAACAGGGAGGUGGAGUCUGAGGUGUGGAAGACGAUCCUAUCCGAAGUCCGACUGGUUCAUGUCAACACCUCAGCUGUCCUCAAGCUUAGUGGUGUGCCCCUUCCAGACUGGGGUUACCGACAGUUGGAGGUUGUAGCAGAGAAACUGUUCAAAGUUCACAGCAGCAGUUUGGGAUGGACGGUGGAGGAGCACCGAUAUGGAACCAGUAUGAGGCAGAAGGAACGGGAAGCGGAGCUUCACUCUCCAACUCAUAUCGAUGUUGACAGAAAAAUUUCUUUCUGGGCAAAGUUUGUUGAACUGCAGUUGAAGAUGCUGUGUGUGAAACAGGAAGAGUCUGAGCACAAAUACAGCUCCUCCCCCUUAGAGUGGAUCACCAUGGAAACCAACGUUGCAUACUGGCUACACUCCUCCACUAAGUAAGCUCAGAUCCAUCUGAUUGGCAACCCCGGGUUUUCAUGGGGCGUGGCCAACCUCAGCCUGCUGGCCUAUCAGCUGAUGGCAGUUGUCUACCCUGUUGAGGAGGAGACGGGGCUUCAAGAUGUACCUGAUGGUGUGUGGGACCAGUUUGUGUCUGGGUGUGUUUGCGUUGGUGGCUGGUUGGUGAAUUUUGUUCCCUUGCUUAUGGACAAAACUCUGUUCCUGUAUCACUAACUGCCAGCCCUCUGCUAUUUAUAUGCGAUCCCCUGCGCUGUGGAGCACGCCCACACUCACCUGCUCAGCAGCGUCACACACCAGCGUGCAUUGUGUGUAUGCGUUGGCGUGUUUGCUGUUCAUCUUCCUGUCGUACCGACCUUCUGCCCUCUAACCUACGGAAGCCAUGAACUGUCAGCCCAUCAGCUGCAAGGACUGAAGUGGAGGACCACGUGGGACAUCCUUACCGACGGAGGUAGAGAGAUAUGACAGGCAUGGAGAGGAGUUUGGAGUUGAAGGAAGAUGAACACAUUGCCAGGUGUGAGGUCAGAGGAGGAGGAGGAGCUUCAGUUCUCUGGCCUGAAGUCUCAGCCCCUGAUGCUAUAAUGCUGAUGACUGACACUGACUGAAGUCUGAACGCAAAAAAAAGCUGAAUCCAGGAAUAUGCCCUACUUCUUUUUGUGUUUACACUGAAGUGAAUCAGUGGACUGGACUCUGUGCACAUUCAUACUGAGCUGUUACUUGUGUAUAUUGUCAUGUUUCAUAUUGUAAUUUGCUUUGGUGUGAAAGGUUAGAGUUAC